GGGGGCAUUGUCUCUGCACGUAAUUUACAAUAUUUUAUAGUUUCCAAAGGGUUUUCACGUCAUUGUCUCAUUGAAAACUCCCUGACACCGUGACGUAUGGGCAGGAGUCAGUUUAACCCGUUUUUUUUUUCUUAUAAAAAUUAUCGUCAGAGAGGAUAUGGACUGAAAAAAAAUGCACAACUUGGAAGUUGAGAAUUAUGUUUUAUUCAGCGCACUUGCUGAGGACUUGAGCCCGGGAGACAGCUUCUCAGAUAUCUCCGAGGGACUGUUCUGAAGAGUCAGAUGACCAAGGCAAGGAAAUGGAAUAGGACCAGAGUGCCAGGUGAAGAUUUCAUCUCAAGAACAGUGAAGCUUCCUUAGUCUUAAAAAGAAAAAGACAUCCUGAGGAGUUUCUCUGACAGAUUUGAUAAAAUGCCUCUCACCUCUUCAUGGAUCAAAGUGAUUUUCAUCAUCUUGGCCCCUACUCUUUAUUCUGGAACUCGGAAAGCUUCCCCAUCUCUUCUGUACCUUAGAGUUUCAAAGAAUUGUUGUCACCUUCUCCCUUCCUCAUACAUGUGUUCAUCAGAUGAAAUUGUUCCAAACCCCUGCUGAGAGAUGAUCUGUGUGAGAUCUUUGUGAGGAAGAACACAGAAAACUUCAGGGUCUUAUCUCCUGGGGGCCAUCUGUUUUACCCCACCAGGCUCGUCACCAACAGUCCAAUAAAGAGACUCUUCAGCUGGGGGAAGUGGUUGAGAAGGAAAGGGAAUCAAAAUAGGCACAGUCCCUGGAGUUGCAGACCUCACUCUCCACUGGCUUCUCUGUUUCAGACUUGAUAAGAUGUCUCUCUUCUCAUCAUGGAUCAAAGUUAUUUUCAUUACUGGCUUGGCAUUUCCUCUUUAUUUUGAAACUGCUUUUGUACCUUUAAGAGAGACACGUGAAACUCCAGAACGUAACGUGUAUGUGGAUCAGUUACAUUUUUGCACCAGAGAAAUGGACCCAAUCUGUGCAACCAAUGGCCAAACAUACUCCAAUAAAUGUGUUUUCUGCAGUGAAAAGCUGUAAGAACACAAGACUAAAUAUUGGCUCAUCCAAAAUAAUGAAGAAACAAUCACAAAAUUAUAGGAACCUCCAUUUUUCUGAUAGCCAGGUCACAGUAUAGAUGGAAAAUAACUGUACUUUCUCUGUUAAAGCCAAAGAAAUACACUGGUACCUUUCCCUUAAGUCUCAUUCCUAAAAGUAGUUUUCAUUUGACCUCAAAGUAUAUCCAUCCCUGUUGGAUGUUACCCAACUGUAUAAAUCAAUUACUUUAACUUGAUUUAAUUGCUGUGACUUACUAAUGGAAGUCUGGUGACCGAUAUAAUGUAAUUCUUAACUCCAGAGGCUGAAUGAGAACCUCUAUGAUGUAGCUCCAAGCUACAGGGAGCAUAACUGAGCAAGAAAAACUACUGACUUCAGAAAUUUAAAUCCAUCACAAUGGGCAAUUUAUGCUCCAGAGGAACUCCUCUAAUGGUCCACUUUGUCCCCUGAUCUCCUUGACAAGACUCCAAACUUUCCUUAGAGAGCAGGGCAUGCUAGUACACUUCCACCUAACCUCCCUUGCUGCCUCGUUCCCCCGAGGGAACUCCCAGUCUAAAGGUGCAGCCAGCCUUCCUACUUCCCACCUCAUUUCCUCUCACUGGUGUUUCCUCUCAUUUAAUCCCCAAAUGGGCUUCUACUUCUAGAGAACCACGAAAACCAUCUCUA